GUGAGGAUAACAGGUAACAUUAGCUCGUAAGGUAGCUCCUCCAAGGCUCCAAUGUUUAAGCUUUGAGCUGAAACUUAAACCUCCUCACAGCAAAGCGCGACUCUCGGCCUUGACUUGUGUGCCAAAUUCCCCUACGAGGCAAUAUGAGACUUUAUUCGAACGACUAUUCUUUAUUUUGUAACGGCGACUUGUGAUGACACGGUGCACGUUUAGUUUCGCCUGCUAGCUAGCUGAAGUACAGCUAACAGCACAUCGCAGGCUUGUCCUGUAGCUGGUAUGGCGCUCUAUUUAUUGCACUUAAAAAAAACAAUUGUCAAACUCUUCUGUUUGCUCUUUGUCGAGUGUCAAAUCAGCAUUAACGUGUUAACAUGUUAAAGCCAGUAAUAUUUAUUUAUUGCUAUAAUGUUACACGUUACCGAAACUAACCUGUAGCGCGUCACUCUUCAACCUCUCUUAAACUGUGUUAAACAUCUCGUCUUUCCUUUGAAAAUCACUGCCUUGAUGACCUUUGACCUUCUUGUCAGUUGCAAAAGUGACGAUAAAACAGCCCAGAAUCACAGUCUAUACUAUGGAAAGCCACAAUUUAACAAUGAAAUAACAAUAAACAAGUGGAACACACACUCCUAUAGUACACCAAAACUCCUGAACCUAUGGCAGCAGUUGAACAACAUGCAGCUGAUAACGUGGAGAAUCACCAGAUGGACUCAUUCACAUCACAUCGUCUGGUAUGAAAACUAUGAAUGAAGCGUGCCGGCGUUCCCUCGGAGCCUUUGAUGAGCUGACGGACGAAAGCUGCGGGAUUCACGGGAGAUAACACAAACCAGCAGAGGUCGUGUCCUGUCGGGGAGACCGGUCCCGGCCAUGUCAGCAGACGCUCGCCCGGACCCCCCGCGGUUCGUGAACCCUCCGCCCCCCGAGGUCACCAACCCCAACGGGCCCGGCCGGAGGACCAACCAGCUGCAGUACAUGCAGAGUGUAGUGAUGAAGUCCCUGUGGCGGCACCAGUUCUCCUGGCCUUUUCACCAGCCGGUUAAUGCAGUCGCUCUUGGGCUGCCAGAUUAUCAUACGAUCAUAACGUCUCCCAUGGACCUGGGAACCAUCAAGAAACGACUGGAGAACGACUACUAUGGGAGCGCGAGUGAAUGUAUGCAAGACUUCAACACCAUGUUCACCAACUGCUACAUCUACAACAAGCCCACAGAUGACAUCGUGCUGAUGGCGCUCGCCGUGGAAAAGGUUUUCUUGCAAAAAGUUGCCCAGAUGCAGCCAAGGGAAGUGGAGCUUCUUCCUCACGCCGCCAAAGGGAAGGGAAAGAAAAGUAGCACCCCCGGUACUGAAGGUGGGCAGAACGGAGCCGUGACAUGUCCUUCAGCUGCGACGCCCACAACUCAGCCGAGCCUCUUAAACACGCCCUCCAGCUCGUCCUCGGUGCCCAAACACCCGUCACAGACCGCCACAAAAGAGAAGAAAGGGCUGAAGCGGAAGGUGGAUGCCGCCGCUGAUCCCUCCACAGCGGCCGUAACCAGUUUGAGCGAUUCGUCAGGAAGCAAGAGGAGACGUGAAAGCGCGGGCCGGGGGAAGGAGCUGCCGGAACAAGAAAACGAACAGCUCCAGAUUUGCAACGAUAUCCUGAAGGAAAUGCUGUCCAAGAAAUACCUGGCCUACGCCUGGCCGUUCUACAAGCCCGUCGACGCUGCAGCUCUGCAGCUCCACGACUACCACCUCAUCAUCAAAUACCCCAUGGAUCUGAGCACUGUGAAGAAAAAGAUGGAUGGAGGAGAGUACCAGGACGCACAAGGCUUCGCUGCAGACGUCAGGCUGAUUUUUUCCAAUUGCUACAAAUACAACCCGCCGCAUCAUGAUGUUGUCGCUAAGGCCAUAAAACUUCAGGGUGUGUUCGAGAUGAUGUUCGCAAAGAUGCCGGACGAGCCGGUGGAGUUGCCAUCGCCAGCCAAGAGAGCGGGUUUUAGUGGGUACGGCUCCUACAACGCCGACAAAUCAGACUUAGCGGACGAGCGGGACAAACCCACCCGACUUGCUGAGGUUCAAGAACAGCUCCCUGCAUACUGUGAAGUCCCUGCGCUCAGACCAAAGAAGAUGAAAGAAAAGGACCAUAAAGAGGACAGCAGGCAGCAUUACAACUCCAGGCGGUCGUGGUUGGGAAGCAACGUCUGUGAUUCGGAUGAUGAAACUCUGCAGAUGACGUACGACGAGAAGCAACAGCUGAGCCUCGACAUUAACCGGUUGCCUGGCCUGAAGCUGGGCCGCGUGGUGCACAUCAUUCAGAGACGAGAGCCCUCGAUGCACGACACCAGCCCCGAAGAGAUCGAGAUCGACUUCGAGUUACUGAAGCCGUCCACUCUGCGCGAGCUGGAGCAAUACGUGAAGUCUUGUCUGUAUAAGAAGUUCAAGAAAUGUCAAAAGAAAGGCAGUCAUGCUGCGUCUCAUCACGUCAGCUGCAGCACUUCUUCAGAUUCGGCCACCAGCACCUCCAGUGACUCCAGUUCAGAAAACGGCGACUCGUGACGGCUGUAAUGUUUUUUAUUUAUUUCUUUUGUGACCAAAAAACCUGUUAACCAUUCCUAUUUUUCUAUUUGUCUUAUGUUCAAAUAUUUGGAAAAGGAAACUUCCUUUUACUCAGCAUGGCCUUUCUUACUCCUUUACAAAUCGUAAUAUCCGGCGCUGGUGUUUCUUAUCGGACGCUAUAAAUUCACUGGGGCACAUUUCAUAACAUCUGAGUUUAAUAUCCUGUCCCCACACUGUUUAAUUACAGUACAGGCCUUUUUCAAACACCUCGUUGAAAUAUUCUUCUCCACCUCCAAUUCUUGCAGGAGACUCUUGCUCUUCAAGUCGAGAGAAGCAUGUUUCUAUUGUAGGACAUGAUUAUGAACAAGUAUAUUUAGUCACAAUCUCAAGCACGCUGCACAGUUCUGAGGGCUGCUGUUUGAGACUGUGACGUGGAUAUUCAUCUUUAUGGUGGCAAUAUAGUAUACAUUUAGUCUUGUUCAUUAGAAAGUAUGGAGAGGGUGGGUACAAGGAUUUUGGUUCACAGCUCCACACACGUGUUAUGUACAGUACUUGUCUGUUUCAAUUGUGGAAGAAACUGGAAAAUGAAUGUUGAAACGUAGAAGGUACCUUGCUCCUCGUGAGCAACUGUCGUUUGACUUUCACCUUUUUGGGUGCCAUCCGUGAUUAUUGCUCCAAGCAGAGCAGUUUAAAACAAACCACUGCAUGACCUUUGUGAAGGGCCACCGGUGUUUAGCACGGCGUAGUCCAUUUACUACAAAUGACUUCCAUUGAAUAUUUUCCCCAUGAUGCAGUGCUUUAACUGAGUCUUCCCCUCCAGGCUUCUUAGCGGUGUGCUAUGAAAGUCAACUUGCAGAGACUUGAGUCCAGUAAUCCAUCAAAGUGAAGAUCACGUCCACUGUUAUUUAUGUCCCCUGCCAGUAUGUUGCAUGGCGAUGCACUGCUGUCUUCUUAAACCUAUGUUUCAAGUCUCUACAAUUAGAUUUUGUAUUCCGUUUGAACAAAAUCAAACGACUAAAUGAGGCCUGGAAAAACCAUGUUCAAAAAAGAGAAACAGCCCACACAGCAGGAAUGUCAUUUGUUGUAAAUGAACCACAGCAUGAAAGAAAAACACGUACGUAAGUUCUUGUUUCCAACCAUGUUUUUAAAACCAUUUGGUUGCUGUUAAUAUGAAUUUACUUGUGAUAAGAUAAUAUUCCAUCUGUCUGCGUAAGCUCUCCUGUUUCUAUUUUGUUAAUAAAAGUAAAAGCACAA